UCGUCGUGUCCUAUACUUUUGCUCUUGCGCAGUCUUUUCAGUACCGUGUGUCGCCGGGACGGGUUUAAGAUGAGGGUUGUGUUCGUGAUUGCUGCGUUGUCUCUGCUGGCUGUUGCCCAGAGCGAGGAGGGUGCUCGUUUGUUGGCGUCCAAGUCUCUACUAAAUCGAUAUGCAGUAGAGGGACGAGAUCUUACUCUGCAAUACAAUAUUUAUAAUGUCGGCUCCAGUGCUGCUCUUGAUGUGGAGCUGUCUGAUGAUUCUUUUCCACCAGAGGACUUUGGCAUUGUCUCUGGAAUGCUCAAUGUAAAAUGGGACAGAAUAGCACCAGCUAGCAACGUUUCACAUACUGUGGUAUUGAGACCCCUUAAAGCUGGCUAUUUUAAUUUUACUUCUGCAACUAUCACUUACUUGGCACAAGAGGGUGGUCAAGUCGUGGUGGGAUAUACCAGUGCCCCUGGCCAGGGUGGAAUCCUUGCCCAGAGAGAGUUUGACAGACGUUUCUCCCCUCACUAUCUUGAUUGGACUGCUUUUGGAGUCAUGACUCUGCCUUCAAUUGGGAUUCCACUCCUUCUCUGGUACUCCAGCAAAAGAAAAUAUGACACUCGUAAAACCAAGAAAAACUAAAAGAAUUUUUAGAGACUCUUGCAAAUGAUCCAGCACUCGGCCCACUCAGUGUCUGUCUGAAAGUGUAAUGCUUCAGGAGGUUUCUGAUACAGGUUUGUUUAAAUUGAAACUAAAAAAUUGAAGAUGAGAAAAUACAAAGCAUUGCAUUUUGUAAUUUAAAUUCAUGCCGCAUUAAGUGUCACCUAAGCACUGAAGCAGCAGCUUAAACUCUAGAACACCUGCAUAAGUGUUGCUACCACAACAAAUCUGCUGCUGUUUGCAUUAGGAAACAUCACAACACCACAUCUGUCAUUCCAGGGAAAAAGAACUUAAAAUCCAUAAAUCUCCACAUUGAUUUCUGUGUUUUCAUGUUUACUUUCAUUAAGAGGCAAAAAUUCUAAAUUGAUAAUUUUCCUUGAAGAUGUUAUAAAUGUUUAUUUAGGUUGUCAUUACCAGAGUACUUCUUGGUACAGUGAUGAGUGCACAUCAAUCAUAAAAAAUAAUUGUAGAAACAAUUAAAAUUUUCAAGUUUUUAAUGAGUUUGAAAAGCUUGUUCUUCAGUUUUAAUCGCUACAGAACACUCAGGUUUUCCCAAAAAAUUGUACACGGGACACUGGAGUAAUAAUCACUUUGUAUGAAGGGAGAGGGCGUGAGAUUGUGCUGUGCAGGUCAUUUACUUUACAGUGAAUUUCAAAGUAUUGAACUGUACUUGUUGUACAUGUUAAGAGGUUUUUCUAAUAAAAACAAUGUCUCCAAAA